UUCAGCUGAAAAGAGAAGGAAGCACCUUUUCUGUAGCCAUGGUAGCAAUGGAAGCGAUGGCUUCAGGCUGGAGCAGAGGAGCAACCAUAGGCCGCGGCUCCUCCGCCACCGUCUCCCUCGCCACCCUCCACCACUCCGGCUCGCUCUUCGCCAUCAAGUCGGCCCAGCUCCCAGUCGCCGCUCAACUCCGCCGCGAGCACUCCAUCCUCGCUUCCAUUUCCUCCCCCCACAUCGUCCGCUGCCUCGGCGCCGACGUCACCCGCGAAGGUGGCAGCGAGUUCUACAACCUCUUCAUGGAGUACUUCCCCCGCGGCACGCUCUGCGACGAGAUCAGGCGGCAGGGCGGCCGCCUGCCGGAGCCGGAGAUCAGGCGCCACGCGAGGUCGGUGUUGCUGGGUCUUCGUUACCUCCACGGGAUUGGAAUCGUGCACCGCGACAUCAAGGGGAGCAAUUUGCUCCUAGGCAAGGACGAUGACGUCAGGAUUGGCGACCUCGGCUGCGCGUCGCGGACGGGCGUCGACGGGGACGGGGGAGGCUUGGCGGGCACGCCUCUUUUCAUGGCGCCCGAGGUGGCCAGGGGGCAAAGCCAAGGGAGCGCGGCCGACGUCUGGGCGCUGGGCUGCACUGUGGUGGAGAUGGCCACGGGGCGGCCUCCUUGGGCCGGGGACGUCACCGACCCUGUCUCGGCUCUGUACCGGAUUGGGUGCACGAACGCGGUCCCGGAGGUGCCGGAGAAUUUGUCGGAGGAAGGGCAGGAUUUUCUCGGGAAGUGUUUCUGCCGUAAUCCGUCGGAGAGGUGGACGGCAGACCAGCUGCUGCAACACCCUUUCGUCAGUAAAGUGAAGGAGGUGGACAUCGAGGGGAAGCCAGCUUUCGACUCACCCAAGAGCAUUCUUGAUCGUGAUCUUUGGGAUUCUCUAGAAAGCCGCAGCACUCAAAUGGCAAGCGAAAACGAUUCCAUGCCGGUUCUUGCCCCUGCGCCUACUGCCGCCGGUCGAAUCAGGUCGUUGUUUUCUCCGGCUUCUCGGCGGCCAGAUUGGUCUUGGGGGGAGAAUUGGGUUUGCGUAAGGGCAAAGGCGCCGGAGAAUUUGUCAAUGCCGAGUAUUUCAGGCGAGCCGGAUUUUGAAGAGCCGGCAAUUGAAUCCACCACCGGCAGGGAUAUUGAUGCCAACUCGAUUGGGGUGGAAAAUUCAGCAAUUCUCAACGAUGGCGGGCUGGCAAAAGUAAUUGAUGGUGCCGUCGAUUCCAUUCAUUCCGUUGAAAUUGGAACUGUUGAUGAUUAUUUGAUUAAAAUGCAAUUAAUUGAAAUUUCUUCAAAACUCUCUCUCUCUCUCUCUCUCUCUCUCUCCCUAUAUAUAUAUAUAUAUAUAUUUGUGAGAAUGCAGUAA